AACAAAUCUAUUGACGAGGAGAGACAGAACAAUGCCAGCUGAAAUUAUGUUGAUGUACUAAACAUAUCACUAACAUUUUGAACUCGAUAUCUCAGUGAAACCAUCGCAUAACAUAUUUAAAUGUCAUUUAAAGAUGGGAUGGAUGAACGCCUCCUAAAUUUCAAUGUUUGUUGUUAAUUGUUUGAAGGAAAAACAAUUUUGAUAAAAUAUAGUGAAGUUAAAAAAUCAAAACUAUUACUGUUAUUAUAAACAUCGUAUUGGACUUACAAAAUGGAUCCAAAUAUAGACAACUAUUCCAAGGAAUCAUCGUCAUCGCCUGGUGAGAAUGUUCCUGUGAAAGGACUUGGUAACAGUGAUAUAAUGCGACCGACAGAUCUCGCUGCCGCUCACCAUUAUGAUAAAGUUGUCGGCGUAAUAACUAAGGAACCAUGUGAAAGGUCCGAUGCAGAGAUUAUUCAAAUAAAAUCAUGGUUUCAAAAGAAAUCAGAUUUAUUUAACCAGUUAAAUGAUGAAAUAAUUCAUGACUUGAUAAAAAAUUGUGAGUUUAUGACUGUAGAACGAGACUUUGUUGUCAUCAAACAAGGCGAAAAGGGAGACUGUUUCUUCAUUAUCCUGAAUGGAUCUGUUGCUAUUCAUAUCAAUACGACAUUGGAUCUGGAGGAUGACCGACAAGAAACUACAGAUAAAUCAGAUCCAUUGAAAGAAAGACGAGAUAGUAGAGAAAAACAAGAUGAGGAAAAACCAAAAGAAUUGGAUAGAUCAAAGUUUGGAAUAUCUGUCGGAAAGAUAGAAUCUGGUAAAAGUUUUGGCGAGCUGGCUCUUAUUAAUACUGAUUGUGUCAGAAAUGCGACGAUCAUUGCCGACGAAGCUGUAGACUUAAUUGUGAUAGACAGGGAUUUAUAUAAUAGAUGUAUCAAAUUGUUUCAUGCAAAAGAGUUUGCAGACAGAAAACGUUUUGUUGAAACAAAUCCUCUGUUCGAUAGAUGGCAUCCGAAGUAUAAAAAGCAAAUGGCUAUGAGUUUAAGAAAGGAGAAAUUAAAUUUCGAAAGCGUCAUUGUAAAACAGGGAGCUAUGUUUGAUGGUUUACGGUUCAUUCUGAGUGGUCAGACCAAACUGACAUCGGAUCCCUAUUUACACUCUAUGCAGUACCCUGAUUAUUAUCCCUUACCAGAUGUCGAAGACCUCGAGAGAGUAGAGGCACGAGAAUCACUAAGAAGGGAAUUGAGCAUGCAUUCACAGAAAAUGGAUGAAUACAAAACACUGGUGCCAAGUCGUCAGAAAUAUAUUACACAAGAUACUGGAAAGAACGGCAAACGAUCACCCAAAUUCAUGAGUCAUCGACAGAUAGAACUCUGUCUGAUUGGCUCGGAAGAAAUUGUUGGUGACAUGGAAGUAGCUAUGGACUUAAUGACAUACUCCUACUCAGUUACAUGUAUACAAGAAACGGAAAUAUAUGUGUUGGACCAGAAGAAUUACGAAAGGUUAAUAGAAAAACGUAAUCCACAAGUUGUUGAAUUGAUAAGGAAUUCAGUGCUAGAGAAAUACUCGUUAAGACUGUCUUGGAUGCAAGACAAGAAAGACCUACCUCUUUUUCGUUAUUUUCUUUACAAGAUUGGAGAAAAUGAGCGAAAAAAGAAAUUAAAGAAAGAAGAGUUAAUGCGACAGGACAAGGAAAGAGACAUUACGGAUGAUUGGAUGGUGUCUAGUCUUAAAAAGGGCCCCCUAAUAGAUAUGUUUGGACCUGGAAGUGUGUUCUAUUCAAUUCGAAUGAAAGCUAAGCAAAGAGAAAUGGAGAAGUUAAGUUAUAAAGCGCGUGUUGAUAAAAGACGCUUACUUAGCGAACGCAAGUCUCCGGCUCAAAGUAAACCUGUUCAAGUACAAGGUGCUCCCCCAACAAGCUUUGUUACCCAAGCUUUCAAAAACAAAUACGACGUAGAUAGUGGUGCUUAUGAUUUUUCUAGUGAGGAUGAUGUUGAAAAUGAUUCAGUUGACGGUAAUAUAAACCGAUCACAAUUAAUUUGUGACAAAAGUAGAAAUGCACAUUCUGUAUUAAAAGAGACACCAGAAACAGACUUUGAAGACUGGGAAUCUAGUGACGCUAAUCUUUGUAAACUAGAAAACAGGUUACAGAAUUGGUAUAAACAUUUUGGAGACAACGAGAAGAAAAGAGAUGUAUCCAUUGUGAAAUUACGUAGAUAUCAAACAGAGGACCCAGGAAAGCCUCCCUUGCCAGGAAAGAAAAUAUUCAUCAGAACAAAAGCAAAAACCACCACAGCAUACUUAGAUUCUCUGAAACAUACUUUAGAUGAUGACCAGCAUAUAUCUAGAAUGCACAGCGCUCCAGCUAGGGUAAAAUGUCAUAGUGCACCGCCAGUUUUUAGACGAGUCUGUUGUGCAGAGACGAUGAUGGACCAAAAACCCAAAGAAAAAAGACCAGCGUCCUCUUAUAGGUCUCCUUUGACACCAACUCUUUGUGUCCGGACAAAAAGGCCCAAGUCAGCUCAUCAAUACACAGCUCAAGAAUACGAAGCUCUGAAGACUGAAAUGAAACAACGACAACGGUCUUAUAGAACUAUGUACUAUGACCGACCAAUGUCAGCUUAUUUGUAGAAACAAAGAACGAAAACCCACCAAUCAUUUAGAUUUUAUACAACUGCCUCUAAUCUUAUAUAUCAUCAUGCUCAGAUAGAUUAUUUUUCAAAUACGGAGUCAUA